GAUGAAUUUUCUUAGCUGAAUCGGGGUCUGCUUCCAUUAAUGCACUAUGCAAAUCGUCCUCGUCUGAUUCACUGGAACUUGCCUCGGAACAUACACUUGGAACAUCGACUAAAAAGUCCCACAAGAGUGCCUCUAUAUAAUAGUUUGUUCCACCGACUAUUAUUGGAAUCUUAUCCUCCUGCAGUAGUUUGUCAAUCUGAAAAUAAAGAGUAAAAUUCUGUUUGCAAAAUGGAUCGAUUUAACUUACCUGAACCACCAAAUACAGACUUGCAAGAACCUGAAGAUUUAAAUCAACUAAGAUCGGAUAGAUUGGAAAGAACUCGGAAUGUGAUGGUGGGGCUUAGUUCAUCCAUUGCUUCAGCAACGUUACCCAAACAGAGACUAAGUAACAGGGAGACUUGUGCUAUCAAAAUACAAUCAUAUUAUCGAGGCUGGAGAGAUAGAAAAAAAUUUUAUGCUAUGCUUUAUGAGAAAUAUGCUGCUGAAGAAGAGGAAAUAUUCCAGAAAAUGCAGCAGCAAGUCGAGGAAGGAGAACUGCUAAUUCAGAACCACAAAUUAGAAAUAGAAUUAGAAGACAGUAAUACUACACGUAAGAAUAAGCAUAGGCACUUUGAAUCUAACAUUGUUAAAAUUCAAAGGUGCUGGAGGGCGUAUAAAGCUCGUCAAGCAGCUAGGAUUACAGAAGACACUGACCAAGAUGUCGAGUCUGUUGUUUCUGACUACUCUGAAAUAAAUGAAUCUCUUAGAGAACACUUUUCAAACGUUCAAAUUAUUUCAAGAGACAGACUGUAUUCAGAAAAUAGUAGCGAUAAAGAGAUUUUGGAGGUUAACCAUUCUCCUUUCCGUACACCACUUCAACGUGUUCCAAAAUUUGAGAGAGAAAAUGAUGAAGAAUAUUUAAAACGGGUGAAAAAGAUCAAUUUUUUGAGUUUAGCGCAAGAAUUUGCCGCAAUACAAAGAAACGAUUCGACAGCUUUACCUUUUGUCCUAAGUGAAUACGAAGAUAAAUAUGAGGUCGAAGUUGAAACCCCUGUGAAUGAAGAUAAGAAUUUUGCAUGUGAUAAGAUAUCAAGCAACGAAUUAGAGAUUGAAUCUACGCUGCCCGAAAUGGAUUGGGAGAGCUUGGAAAAAAAUUUGAUGGAUUCGGCUGAGGAACAAAAGAAAGCUCAAGCAAGAUAUGAAGAGAAAGAAGAGAUUAGACAAAAAUUAGCUGAUGCAAAAGACGAAGUUGUCGAAAAAAAGUCUUCUAGAGUAUACUCAACUGGUAAUAUGCAACUAUGCUUCAUAAAUGAACUUAACACCGACGAUGAUGUCUUGAGAACAGCAAAUUCGCCUCCCAAAACAGUAGAUGACUAUUUCAAUAAGCAGGAAAGCAUAAGAAAUGAGGCCAGGAAAGCUUUAGCCCAGGUUCGACCUAUGGCAAGAAUGCAAUUGCAAAUUGAAAAACAACAAAAGAAACAUUCUUUUCCGGCAGUUGUAAGUAUUUAUGGUAAAUAUGCGCUAUGAAAGUUCAAUGAGGUUCAUUAUUAACAGACAGGGAUGCCAUGCCACGAUGAUGGCACUGAUAAAUUUGACAAACAAUCGCUAUCUUAUUUGAAUCUCGCUCAAUUGCAAGUUAUUGUAAAUGAUUUGCAUACACAGAUAGAAGGUAAAAGACUUUAGUUGUUUAAAAUUUUUGCUUUGAAAUUUAGCCAAGUUUUAUCCCAAAUUACAUUACGAUAGGAGAAAGUUUGAAUGCAUCUUGUUUUGCAUUCCAGACUAUGAUCCUCCAUUGCAUUAUAUAAUAUGUUUUUGUUUAUCUAGUUGCACUCAAAUUUAGACAAGGAGCUAUCAGUAUUAAAUAAUCACAAUAUUGAUUGAUUCAGGCCUAAAUGAAGACUUAAUGAAAAAUCUGAUGGAACGUGAUGAUCUCCAUAUGAUUCAAGACUCAAUGCUCGUGGAUAUAGAAGAUCUUCAAAGGUUAUUUUAUAUUAUUCAUAAUAUUGAAAAAUAUAUUUUUUAUUAUCAGACGGGCAGAAGAAUAUGCAAAAAGAAUGAACCAGAAAUUAACCGUAAAUCCUCAUAUGAGCAUAAUAAUGCAGUAAGAUCUGAUUUAUGAAUUUUAUUUCAUUUCAGUUGAGAUUAUUUCAAAUGUUAUUGUUUCAUGCAGUAAACAAAGUUAUUUUUCGUUUAUUCUGUAGCAUAUCAAACAGUAUUAUUCAGGAAAAUAAAGCUUUUAGCCUGCUUAUUCGAAAUUCUGAAUCGCUUAAAGUUAUCUUUACGUUUUAUUUUUUUUGUAUACAUAUCGCAUAGAUCAAUUUGUCUGGGCUUCAGCAGUGAUAAAUGUUAAUAAAUUUAAGAAAACGAAAUAUUUUAUUUUAAAUUCUGUGCGGUGCAUUAAAAUGGCGAGAAACAAAUCAGUCAGCCUAUUUCCACUUCCGGAAUUCAACGGAGGCUAAAUUCGUCGUAAUCAUCACGUGAUUGAAACGUAGCAUAUGAAGAAGCAAUUGUAAUUUGCAGCUGACUAGUUCUCAAUUAUUAGUUGAACUCAAAUGAAUUAUAUAUCGAAAUUCGCAUUAUAAAAUUCGCCAAAGAGUUGACAUCGAGAAAAUGCACCCAUCUGAAUACGCUAAUUUGACUGAUAAACCACUUUUUGGAGAAACUAGGCCUAGAGAUAGGAUAAUAAAUGUAUUAGUCGGAGGAAUAACUACAAUUCUAGUCGCGGUUACCAUAGUUCUCUCCUUCGUUAUUCCUCUACCCCCUAAUGGCAUCAAUAUUUUUUUUGCCAUAUGCAUUUUGCUCAUUGGUGCUUCAAACGUACUUCUAAUCAAGUGGUAUCGACAAGGUGAUUUGGAACCAAAAUUUUUGAGUCUAAUAUAUUUCAAUGCAUUUACAACCAUUUUGUUGUGUGUUUGUGCUAUUUUGUACAUUGAUUUUAUCAAAAGACAUUAGUAUUCAAUCUACGCGAAAUGAUAAUUAUAUAUUUACAUGGGAGAAGUUAUUUUAUAUGAAAUAAAUAAAUUUUGGGGACAGAUGUUUAAAAGAAAUUGUUAUAAUCACACAAAGAAUCAUUGAUUUUUACAUAACGUUUAUUCAUGACUGAAGUUUAACAUAUGACUAAAUAAUCUGAAAUCUAUCAAAAUUUAAGUAAACCCUUAGCAACCUUCAUAAUAAAUACAAUGAAAAACUAAAUAAGAUACAUUCGACAACAGACACUAGACUUAAUAAAAUUGUUGCCCUUCGAAUAUGACCUUAAGAAAUGGAGUUUUGAGAGUAUAUGAUACAUAUUAUCGUAUAUUUUUAUACUUUCUGGAAGUAAUAUAAAAUUUUAUAUAUUGUAAGUUUAAAAGCCAAUGAAAAAAAGCUAACAAUAUUAGCCAUUUAUACAAAUAUUAAAUAUAAAUGUAUAGAAAUUUAUAUACAUGGACCAACCCUUGUAUCCUUUAUAAUAAAUAUUUGAACUGAGCAAUUCGUUUUUAUAAAAAAUGCGCUGUGUUAAAGUUUGUUUUAUAACUAAAUUCAAGCUAAGCUUGAUUGCUGUCCAUGGCAUAAUUGUCGUACUGUUGACUUAACUGAUACGGUUUAUAAGGGUGUCCAUAGACUGGAGUUUCAAUGUGUCUUGAUUGUGGCAUCUUACUAUUAUCUAUAUACUGUUGUUGAAAAUUAUGUGGAAACAUGAUAACUCCCCUAUUAUUGGGUUGAUAUGGUAUUUGCUGAGCACUUUGUGUUCUUUUUUUCGAGAUCUUUUGUUUCAUAGCGGGCGAUGUGAAGGCAACAAUAGAACUUAUCAAAGACAAAAUAGAUGAUACGAUUGCCAAUCCAAAGCAAGCGUGAACAAACUUUCUUCCUUCACCAACCUCAGCAGCAUAAACUAUCCACGAUAUCGUUGUAAGAAGAGUCGCAACGGCAAGAUCGCCACCUAACAAUCUUUCACCCAUGGGGUAUUUAAUAGUGUCUGUAACAGUUACUAAAAUACAAAACAGAACGGCCAAGAGUAUGGAUAUCGCGGAUAAUAUCAUCAGAGCUCUGACGGACUUUAACCAAUCUGUAGAGAAAUUAAUAAACAAUUAAAUGAAUAGAAUAAAAAGGUACUCUGUAUAGUUCUUAUUAAUUAAUUUUCGAAUAUUUUCCUUCCUUCCUAGAACUCUUAUAUUGAUAAUAUAAUAUUUAUACUUUAUAGAUAUUUCACGACGGCAACUAGAUAGAAAUGAAUGAUAAUUUCUUUAUCACAGGCCGCUUAGGGAGUAAUUAUUGACAGUAUUUAUAAACGCAUAUAAAGACUGUCCUUUUGGAAGAGUGCCAAAUUAUACUAUUUUAAAGAAAUCUUACUAGGUGGGUCAUUAAUUGUUAUACAAGCAGUUACUGAGAGUCCAGAGUCGACAUUACAUAAUUUAAAUAAGCCAACUUCCUGCGAUUUUUCAGCAAUAAUACCAGAGUUGAUGUAACUUUUACUAUGCAACCAAUGAGGCGAAGAUAAGGACACGAUAUGUACUAUAAGGAGUGAAGGUAAUAGUAGAAACAGUAAUAUUUUCAUGUGCUUCGAUGAUCUUGUAAAUGGAGACGCCAUACUAUAUUGUUGAAGGAAGAAAUGUACGGAGAGCUUUACUCUGAAAUGUUGAUAGUAUCCAGGUAAAAAAAUCAAUAAGGUGUGUUCUUUUACUCUGUCGAAGAAUCCUAAUGUUGAAAUAUUCAAUUACUUUAUGUCAGUUUUCACUUGCUUUCUCGGAAGGGGCAUAAGAAAUAGCAAGAAUUUUUAUUAUUAGAGUGGUUAGACUUAUAGAAAUCUGUGUUAGCAGAUAUUUACGUAUGCCCUGUUACUUUUGCCACAUCAAAGCGCCCUCUAGUUAUUACUUAUAAAAAAUGCUACCGUAGGGUUAAAGUUGGCUGUAUUCAAUAGCAAGUUCACGACAGAUACGUAUUAU